AUGACGCGAAACUCGUCACCAGUGUCGAGGGAAAAGUGCAACAACCACGCGCCGGGCGCGGCAGACGCGAAAAGCAGCCACGGCGUGGACAGGGCUAACCCCGCCAGCGCCAACAAGAAUGUGAUCGAGUACCUGCGUUUGAGCAUGGUCAGCGGGUCCGACUCGGUUGGUCCGGGCUCGGUCACGCACAAGAUGCCGAUGGAGGACACAAACGACACGGGUGACUCGAUGGCACCUUCCUUGUCGAGGGAAGUGGCGCCGAUGAUCUCGGCCGCGACGCUCUCAAAGAAACACGUCGGCGCUGCCCCCGAAGUAGUCGACGACCAUGUCCCCAACCAAGUCGGCAAUCACCGACGGGUUGCGCGGGUCGUGUUCGGGGAUGCCCUGCUCGACCUUGCCGACGAGAUCGGCGCCGAUCUCGUUGGCAUGAACGCGGCAUGCAGCAGCACGUGUUGA